AUGCAGCCACCCUCAAAUGUUUUUUCUAUAGAACAAAAAGAAAAUAAAUCAUAUGACGAACCAUUAAAAUCUUCAUGUAACGCAGCAUCCAUCCGUUUUGCAAAAGAAAAAUAUCUUUCCAUGUUCCUUUCUCACAAUGUUUGUAAAAUAGCUAUGCAAUUAUUAAAUAAGCAGAGCAUUUUAUUAAAACAUAAUGUAAGCUAA